CUAAUGUAUAAGCAAAUAGAAAAAUUAACAUCAGAAGAUUUUAAACAAAUUUGGAAAAAUGAAUAUGAAUAUAAAGAUGAAAUUCAUAACGAUCCAAGCUUAAUACAGCACCAUGAGCUUCCGCACAGCAUUAAAUUUACUAAAUUAGCUUUAUCUCAUGAAUCAGUGACUCAUUUGAAAUCUUUUUUUGAUUCAGGUGCACCUAAAAUAACACAUUUACAAAAAAUAAAGAAAAACUCAACAGCUUCUGAUACUUUGAAUACAAUUUUAAAAAUAGAAGAUAUUACUUUAAAAUGUUUGACAGUCUCUUUCAAUUCUGGUAAAGUGGAAGUUAUGAUGCAGGUUAAUACAAUUCCAGUAAUUGUGAUUUCAGGAUCUGGAAAAAGUGUAUCUGAUGCUCAAGAAUCUGCUGCUCGUGUUAUUUUGUCAUACUUCAAAUCUAAACUUAAUAUUCAGUAAUUUAACGUUAAAAUAUGACUAUGUAUCUAUUUUGUAGUUGUUAGUAUCUAUAUUUUAUAUUAUACUUUAUGAACA